AUGGGUUCUGGCCAAUGAAGACCCCUAUUACUCCCUGUGAUGUUAUUGAUGGCAACCGUUGUCGCAGCCUCCGUUGUGCAGCCCCAAGAGUUUCCUACUCCAGAAGAGGAGAAGGAUCCGGAAUUUUGGCGUUCUAUGGCAAGGGAGGAAGUUUUGAAGGCUAUUGGAAAACAAAAUCUGAAUGUAAAUAAAGCCAAAAAUAUUAUCAUGUUCCUUGGUGAUGGAAUGUCCUUGUCUACGGUGACUGCUGCUCGUAUCCUUAAGGGACAACGUAAAAAUCAUAACGGUGAAGAAGAUGCCCUGAGUUUUGAAAAAUUCCCCCAUAUGGCACUGAGUAAGACAUACUGUGCCAAUGCCCAAGUACCCGACUCAGCCUGUACUGCCACCGCAUAUUUGUGUGGUAUAAAAGGUAAUAUUGUAACGAUCGGUGUGACGGCCAAUGUAGAAUAUAACAACUGCAGUGCCAGUAUGGAUCCCGCCAAUCAUGUUUCAUCCAUUGCUGCCUGGGCCCAAAAGGCUGGCAAAUCUACAGGAUUUGUCACAACAACCACUUUGACCCAUGCCAGCCCAUCUGGUACCUAUGCUCAUGUUGCCAAUCGUUUAUAUGAAAGUGAUGCCGACAUUAAAGCCUUUGGACAAGAUCCCGAAACGUGCUUGGAUAUGGCCCAACAACUCGUGUUGCAGGAACCUGGUCGUAACUUCAACGUUAUGAUGGGUGGUGGUAUGGCUAAAUUUUUACCAAAAACCCUUAAAGAUGCCCAUGGCAAUAAUGGUAUACGUGAUGAUGGUCUAAAUCUCCUCAACACUUGGCAAAUCAUGCAUCCCGAUGGAGCCUUGGUUACAAAUCGUGACGAGCUUUUGAACGUAAAUACCGCCAAUGUUUCACAUAUUAUGGGUAUAUUCAAUACCAAAUCAAUGAACUAUCAAGCGGUGGCAGAUAAAUCGAAACAACCUUCGUUAUCAGAAAUGACAGAAACAGCUUUGAAACUUUUGCAGCGCAAUGAACAGGGUUAUUUUGUAUUUAUCGAAGGUGGCAACAUCGAUACGGCUCAUCAUGAAAAUAAGGCAGCCAUGUCAUUGGAUGAAACAUUGGAAUUUGAGAGGGCCAUUGAGUUAGCUUAUGAAAUGACAAACCCCGAGGAGACACUUAUUGUAGUUACAGCUGAUCAUGGUCAUGGUCUCACAAUUAAUGGUUAUCCUGGUCGUGGUUCAUCCAUAUUGGGUUUAAGUACACACGAUGUCGGAUCGGAUGGUCUAAAGUACUCCACACUCAGCUAUCCAUUGGGACGAGAGCAGUAUAUCGAUGAAAGUGGCAAACGUGUGGACUUGGAAAAAAUUCCUAGAAAUAUUGAAACGGUGUAUCCUAGUUACGUAAAAUCCAUUGCUGGUCAUCAUUCGGGCGAAGAUGUUGGAAUUUUUGCCACGGGACCAUUUGCCCAUUUAUUCAGUGGGGUAUUGCAACAACAUACAAUUCCACAUUUGAUGGCUUAUGCCGCUUGCAUUGGUGAUGGACCAACUAUGUGUGAUGAACAUGCUAAUUGA